CAUUCAUCCAAUUCCUUAAUGGAAAAUUUUUCUCCCUUGCUUGCAUUUUGGUCUAUAUAUCUUCAUCUGUUUUCUCUCCUUACAUUAAACUUGCUAUGGGUUAGCUCAAAUGUGAUUGUUUUUGCAUCAGGAAAUGAGAUUGACCAUUUAGCUCUUCUCAAAUUCAAAGAGUCUGUAUCCACUGACCCAUCUGGAAUUUUCCUCUCUUGGAAUUCUUCUUCUCACUUCUGUAACUGGCAUGGAGUCACAUGCAAUCCCGUGCUUCAAAGAGUCACAGAGUUGAAUUUGCAAGGAUACAAGUUGAAGGGAACUAUUUCUCCCCACGUGGGCAACCUCUCUUAUAUGAGAAGCUUCAACCUCGGAGACAACAACUUCUAUGGAAAAAUCCCCCAAGAAUUGGGACGUUUGUUUCAACUACAAAACCUCUCUGUUGCAAAUAACUCAUUGAUAGGAGAAAUUCCUACAAACUUGACAGGUUGCACUCAUCUCAAAAUCUUACGAUUAUAUGGGAACAAUCUGAUCGGAAAAAUACCCAUCCAAAUUGGCUCACUUCGGAAGCUUACAGAGUUGAGCCUUUACAUGAACCAGUUGACGGGACGAAUUCCGUCAUUUGUAGGGAAUCUUUCAGCCCUAAUUCAUUUCUCGUUGUCUAACAACAAGUUUGAGGGAAAUAUUCCACAAGAAAUAUGUCGUCUCAAAAACUUGACAUUUUUAGCAUUAGGUGUCAACAAACUGACGGGAGCAUUUCCUUCUUGUCUUUAUAAUAUGUCAUCUCUUACUCUAAUCUCAGCUCCACAAAAUCAAUUAAAUGGAUCUCUUCCCCCCAACAUGUUCCACACCCUCCCCAAUCUCCAACUACUCGCAAUUGAGAUCAAUCAAAUCUCAGGUCCAAUCCCACCUUCCAUCACUAAUGCAUCUAACCUUUUAGUACUUAGUAUUAGUGAAAAUCAUUUUGUUGGUCAAGUUCCAAUUUUGGGGCGGCUACAAGAUCUUCAAUAUCUAUCUUUGUUCAGGAACAAUUUAGGAGACAAUUCAACUAAUGAUUUGGAGUUUUUAAAAUCAUUGACAAAUUGUAGUAUGUUGAAUAGGUUAGAUAUAGGUUACAAUAACUUUGGAGGUCAUUUGCCAAAUUCCUUAGGCAAUUUAUCCGCGCAACUUAGUCUACUACAUCUUGGAGUUAAUGAAAUAUUUGGAGAAAUCCCUGCAUCAUUAGGAAAUCUAAUUGGCUUAACUCUCUUGACGAUGGAAGAAAACCACAUUAGUGGGAUUAUCCCAACAACUUUUGGGAAGUUUCAGAAUAUGCAAGUGUUAGACUUAAAUGCAAACAAGUUGUCAGGAGAAAUAGGGACCUUCAUAGGAAACUUUAGUCAAUUGUUUCAUUUAGGUAUGGGGGGGAAUAUGUUAGAAGGAAAAAUUCCUCCAAGUAUUGGAAACUGCCAAAAGUUACAACAUCUAGAUCUUUCGCACAACAAUCUUAGAGGAACCAUACCCGUAGAGGUUUUUAGUCUUUCCUCUUUAACAACCAUGUUGAAUUUGUCACAAAACUCAUUGAAUGAUACUAUAUCGGAAGAAGUGGGCAGCCUAAAAAAUCUCAUUGUGUUGGAUGUGUCUGAGAAUCAUCUGUCUGGUCAAAUUCCUGGAACUAUUGGAGAAUGCAUGAUGUUAGAGUACCUCUAUUUACAAGGAAAUUAUUUACAAGGAAUCAUAUCAUCCUCUUUGGCUUCACUCAAAGGUCUUCAACAUUUAGACUUAUCACGAAACCACUUGUCUGGUUCAAUUCCAAAUGUUCUGCAAAACAUUUCUUUCUUAGAAUAUUUCAAUGUAUCUUUUAACAUGUUGGUUGGUGAGGUACCAAAUGGAGGUGUCUUUCAAAAUGCAAGUGGGUUAGUGGUGACUGGAAAUACUAAGCUCUGUGGAGGUAUUUCUAAACUGCAUCUACCACCAUGCCCUGUCAAACUUAAAAAACUUUCAAAACACAAGUUCAUGUUGAUAGCAAUGGUAGUUAGUGCGGUUGUCUUUCUUCUCAUACUGUCAGUUAUUCUAACUAUCUACUGGAUGAGGAAGAGGAGUAAAAAAUCAACUUUGGAUUCACCAAGAAUUGACCAACUGGCUAAAGUUUCAUACCAAAGCCUACACAAUGGAACUAAUGGGUUCUCAACUACAAACUUGAUAGGGUCUGGAAAUUUUAGCUCUGUCUACAAAGGAACUCUUGAGUUAGAAAAUAAUGUUGUUGCCAUUAAGGUCCUAAAUCUUCAGAAAACAGGAGCUCACAAGAGUUUCAUAGUUGAAUGCAAUGCACUCAAGAAUAUUAAACAUCGAAAUUUGGUUAAGAUUUUGACAUGUUGUUCCAGCACAGAUUACAAAGGUCAAGAAUUUAAAGCUCUAAUUUUUGAGUACAUGAGAAAUGGAAGCUUAGAGCAAUGGUUGCAUCCAAGGAUACUAAGUGGAGAGCACUCAAGAACAUUAAACCUUGAUCAAAGAUUAAACAUCAUGAUUGAUGUUGCUUUUGCAUUACAUUAUCUUCAUCAUGAAUGUGAGCAAUCGAUCAUUCAUUGUGAUUUAAAGCCAAGCAAUGUCCUUCUUAAUGAAGAUAUGAUUGCUCAUGUGAGUGAUUUUGGCAUAGCAAGACUUCUCUCCACCAUCAGUGGUACAACUUAUAAGCAAACAAGCACGAUUGGAAUAAAGGGGACUGUUGGCUAUGCUCCUCCAGAGUAUGGAGUUGGUUCUGAAGUGUCUAUGAAUGGUGACAUGUAUAGCUUUGGGGUUCUUAUGUUGGAAAUGCUUACCGGAAGAAGACCCACAGAUGAAAUCUUUGAAGGGGGUCAAAAUUUGUAUAGCUUUGUGAAAAAUUCAUUUCCAAAUAAUCUUUUACAGAUUUUGGACCCAUCACUUGUACCAGCACAUGGACAAGCAACAAUAGAAGAAGAAAACAAUCAUAAUCUUACUUCAGCCGUUGAAAAGUGCUUAAUUUCACUCAUUAAGGUUGGACUUGCUUGUUCAGUUGAAUCACCAAAUGAAAGAAUGAAUAUAGUGGAUGUCACUAGAGAACUAAGUAAAAUAAGAAGGGUCUUUCUUGCUGGUAAGAUAAAUGAAAAUUGACUUUAAUUCUGCCAAAUUUUAAUUGUCUUUUGUUGUUUAUUUUUAUUUUUUGAAUUAUUUUCCACAUACUAGUUCUCCUCUUCAGACUUAACAAUAUAAUAAAAUGUAGAUUUCAAUAUUCUUAAUUGCAUAUGCUGUUGGCUUCAACUUUUACCCAAUUAAUUUCUUCUCGUAUUUCAGGUGCUAAUGCUUGAAAAAUCAAAGCUGUGGUCAAAGGCCACGACUAUUUCAAAAACCGAUUUGUCUGUAGUAUGGUGUACUAAUUACAUCUUAUCCAAUAUCCAGUCUUUUGCUCAUAAGAAUACAUAGUAGAAUAAGGCCUUUAUUAUUGUUGUUGUAUCUGCUCAUAUGAAUGCAUCAAUUCAUCCUUCAAAUAACAUCUAUCAUAUACUUGAUGUAUGUAAUAAUCCAUCAAAGUAAUGGAUUUAUUGUACUUCCUUCUUUUAUUUCCCAUGAUUUUUUUAAAUUCCAAUGCAGAGCACUUGAAUCCUUUCAAACUAAAUCCAUAAUCACCGUACCCAUUUUUUAUGUUAUUUUAAAGUAACAAAAAUCCAUUGGUAAGUAAAUCACAGUUAGGAUUCAGAAUAUGUCCUCUUUGUUUUUAAAGCAUUAUUGGUUGACAUAUUGGUAUAUUUAACUACACAAACAUUAAUGACAACCUAAGGAUCAAGAUAAACCAUAUUUAUUGGAAUACUUCCUAUUAGAAGAGCUGAUAAUGACAAUGACGAUGUUGAUAUAGAACCAUACAGAAGAUAAAAUGCAAUGUUUUGUGCUAAAGUUGAAGAUGAGAAGCAUACAUGGGCUGGAAAAUUGGGCCAUGCUGCAAUGCAGCUUCCAGUUAAGGCCACAAGAUAGCAAACAAGGCCCACAAAGUUUCAGUAAGAUAUGGUUCAUUGGCAUGUUCUGUAUCUCUUUCAUGGUGCACCUAUUAGAAGUUUGGUCUAAGGAUGGUUGAGAAGAGCGUGCAAAAAGGAUUCUGCAUUCUAGUAUUGCUUUCUAGUAAAUAAUAAAGUUCAUCAUUUUGUUGUGUUUAAAAAACAAAAUUUAAAAGGUAACAAUAAUUUACACAAUUAUUUAUGAGGUAAUCAUUCUUAAUAGAUGUAUUAGGUUAGGUGUGUGGUAUGUGAAUGCAUAACCGAAUCCGAUGGCAACACUAAAA